AUGCACGACUCUGACCGUCGUCGUCCUCGGGCAGCCACUUGUGAAGACUGGGACGAGGACACCCAGUCGGCGCUUCCUGGCUCUCAAACCAGUGCCAAUGUCUCCGUCAAACGCUCUCAGCAAGAUCUCGCUAUGCGACAACAACGCGAGAGGAGUGAAUUCAACGAUGACGGAGGUGACUCGGGCUACGCCAGUCGGGCUGGUACGGUUACCGGUGAGUCCACCUCCAGUCGGCGCAAGAUGCCAGAUCUGAAGCUCGACAACGUCGGAUUUCGCGAAAGAGAACGCAAGCCGUACCUGAUCUCUCAAAACGGCCGCUCUCAGCCCACAAGUCGCCGCCAGUCAUCUUCCCAAUUAAAUGAAAUGUCGUCGGAGGCAAGACCUUAUAAGGCCAAGCACGAAGUGCACGAGCGAGGAUCUGGUGGGAAUCAUGAACACCACCACGUCAAGCACGCCGACACAAAGCAGCAGGACCCAUACCGAACCGCCAAAGGAGCCCCGCCGCAUUCCUCUGCAGGGGGAAUCAAGACCGUGGUCCCGAAAGGCACAAAGGAUGACCAGGCACUCCCUGUCAAAGUCCGAAGAGCGUCCUCGAACCAGCAAGCGAGACCGGUGAGCAUGUUUCCCAACGCUGCUGUUCCAAUCCAGUAUAUGAAUCAUCCCAUGUACGGGCCACCCUCCGUGGCGACGUCAGGUUAUGCGACUCCGGUCACGCCAAACAUGCCCUACAGUCCAAUGCCAUAUUCAUAUAUCGUUCCCGCACCGUUACCGACGCCGUCAUAUGCGGUUUACCAGCAACUUCCCGCUUACUUCGACCAACCAAACAUUCCUGAACCACGUUCAGCGAGGCCAAGUCGACACCCAAGCCCGGCUCGGCGGUCAAGUGUCUAUGGUGAACCUGUUAUUCGACAAGGGUAUCCUGAAUCCGGAAUGAUGACUCUCGAGCGAAUCCCUCCAGCGGAAGUUCGGCCGCUGCCAUCGUCUCAAAAGUCGAACCGCAACCUUGAAGAUGAUGACCGCGCGGUCAUGCCGCCGCCACCACGACCGCCCCAACCCGAAGCUGUGCUUUCACGUCGACCCAGCAACCGAAGGGCGAAGACCUAUCACCCGCAAGAGCCACAACCUCGUGAGAGGGUAGUGUAUGAGCCUGAGCGCUACGAUAGCGAUGAGGACCAUGACUACCGGCCGUCUCGGCCUCCCCCUUCAGCUUUUCGUGACCGCAGGGAAUCUUCUUCUCGUCCACCCUCGUCGUACCGCCCGCCUGGACCUGCAGAGACGCGCGACCGGCCUUUGCCCAGAAAAUCUGUCUCUUAUUCAGCGGGAACGACCGUUACAAAGAUUGCAAGCUCUGCCCCGCACAACAUUCCUCGCCGCAUGACCGUCCCUUUGGAGGAAAAAGAAGCCCAGAUCGAAGAAUAUCAGUCGAGGCGAAACAAGACCUCCAGUGAGCUGACCGCUGAAGCUCUUCGUGACUUAGAUCAGCGCAAUUCAAGCUCGAGAUCUGAGACAGGAAGUAACUUCAGUCGGCAGUCGUCCUCGAAAGACUCUUCCGGCCGAGGAAGGAGUCAGACCAGCGGCACAAAGACCAGCAUCACCCUUCCCGGCGGCUUGAACAUGACGAUUCCUCCUGACUAUAUCAACAAAGACGGACGACCUCUGAGCAUCAGCAUCGGAGGGCUUGUCUUGUCGGUCGGUGCCGAAGGCAAAGAAAAUGAGCGACCAAAGGAGCAAAAGAGGAUUGAACGUGCACCGAGCGUUACGAGUCGAACCUCCAAGAAGAGUGUCUCCAGUAGUGUCAUCUCCGCGCGGGAAAGAGAUCGAGAAAUGUCCACAUCCAGGCGGCCUUCGUAUUUGGAAGAACGAGGUCCAAGUCUGAGGUCAAGUCGCCAGCCCAGUCGGGCACCCAGCAUCAAUCGACGCAGCCAGGACUAUUCUGCCCGUCAAAGUGUCGACUACAGCUACAUCGACCUAUGA